GCUGCAGCGACGUCUUAGCUAGCGCGCUAUCCUAGCCACACUUGUGUCGAUACUCACCGACGACUUUCCGUUUUCGUUGCGUGGCUUUAGCCCGGAAUUUCGGCUUCAAUCCCAAUGAUAUGACCCGGAAACAGGGGAAACAGGUAUCAUAGCGCUGGUAUAAAGGUAGGGCAAAUGAGACAGCGGGCUCCCAGCACUACACGGCGCCUUUGGUAACAAUGUUCAAAUUUGCUGCUCUCGCAUCUCUCGUCGCUCUUGUCCCUUUCGUUAGGGGACAAGCCCAGGAAUGGGGUCAAUGUGGCGGCAUUGGCUGGACUGGCCCUACAACUUGUGUGGCGGGCACGACUUGCACUGAACAGAACGCCUAUUACUCUCAAUGCUUGCCUGGUUCCGCGGCACCUUCUUCCAGUGCUCCGGCAUCAACUGUUGCUCCUACAUCGUCCCAAUCCUCACCUAGUGGCACAGCGACUAGCUCCGCACCCGCCGGCUCUUCAACUCCCAUUGCCGGUAAUCCUUUCGAGGGUUGCUCGAUGUACCUUAGCCCGUACUACGCAAAUGAAGUUUCGCAAGCCGUGGAGCAGAUUACUGACUCGACGCUCAAGUCCAAGGCUGCGUCUGUAGCAAACAUCCCAACCUUCAUCUGGCUUGACUCUGUGUCCAAGGUUCCAAGCCUUGACACGUACAUGGCAGAUGCUGCAACUCAGAGCGGCUGCACUAUCAUGCCGAUUGUUAUCUACGAUCUUCCCAACCGCGACUGUCACGCGAAGGCCUCCAAUGGCGAGUUCACGAUUGCUAACAACGGUGUUGCGAACUACGAGAACUACAUUGACCAGAUUGUGGCGAUCAUUAAGAAGUAUCCGUCCGUUAAGGUCGUUGCCGUCAUUGAACCAGACUCACUCGCGAACCUUGUCACGAACUUGUCUGACCCGAACUGCGCCAACGCAAAGGAUGCAUAUCUGGAAUGCACCAACUACGCUCUGCAGCAGCUCUCUGCAGUUGGUGUCAUUUCGUACCUUGAUGCUGGUCACGCAGGAUGGCUUGGCUGGCCCGCAAACCUGAGCCCUGCUGCUCAAUUGUUUGCUCAAAUUUACCAGACUGCCGGAAAGCCUGCAAAUCUCCGCGGUCUCGCCACCAACGUCGCAAACUACAACGCUCUUAGCGCUGUCACGCCCGAUCCGUGCACUCAGGGUGACCCUAACUACGAUGAGAUCCACUACAUCAAUGCACUUGCACCGAUGCUGCAAUCAGCUGGAUUCCCGGCUCACUUCAUCGUCGACCAGGGACGUUCUGGCCAGCAGAACCUGCGCCAACAGUGGGGUGACUGGUGCAACAUCAAGGGUGCCGGUUUCGGUACUCGUCCGACCACAAACACAGGCUCGUCUUUGAUUGACUCCAUUGUCUGGGUCAAACCUGGAGGUGAAUGCGAUGGGACCAGCAACAGCUCUGCCCCGCGAUAUGACUCGACUUGCUCUUUGCCCGAUGCAACUGUUCCGGCACCAGAGGCGGGAACAUGGUUCCAGGCCUACUUUGAAACGCUCGUCUCGCAGGCCAACCCGCCUCUGUAA